AUGUCUUCCGGACCCGUGGACUAUAGAACUGCAAUCUGGGCGUAUCCAUCCGAAGCGGUAGCCAUCCUCUUUACUAUCUUUUUCGCUACAACGACAUUUAUUCAUUUGUAUCAGCUGAUCCGUCAUCGGACAUGGCUCUUCAUCUCGUUUCUGAUUGGGGGCUUCUGUGAGUUCUCAACCCUACCUGAUGUACUGAAGGAAGUGUGGUUUUCACAGGUGCUAACAGAUCUAUGA